GACGCCCAGAUAGAUUUUCGCAAAACGAAAUCCAAGUCGAAGAGAGAGAAACACCACCAAGGUUUUUGUUUCAAAAAUGGCGAGCUUGGGUCCGAACGAUGAAGUUGUUUCCUUGGAGCUCCCUGCACCUUCUGGCUGGAAGAAGAUGUUCUUGCCAAAGAAAGGAGGGACACCAAAGAAAAAUGAGAUUGUGUUCACUGCGCCAACUGGGGAAGAGAUCAGUACCAGGAAGCAGCUGGAUCAGUACCUGAAAGCACACCCUGGUGGGCCCAAAAUCUCAGAGUUCGACUGGGGAAGCGGUGAAACUCCAAGGAGGUCUGCAAGAAUCAGUGAGAAGGUAAAGGUUAGCCCACCACCACCAGAGACUGAGCCGGUGCCCAAACGGGCUAAAAGGUCUUCAAAGAAGGAUAAGAAACAGAAACCUGAAGAAGAAACCCCAGAGAAAGAAAACAACCCUGAAAAGGCUGCUGAAGGAGAAGAUGUUGAUAUGCAGGAAGCAGAAAAAACCUCCUUUGAGAAACAAAAAGAAGAGGCUCCUGUAAAAACCAUAGUGGAGGAUAGCGAAAAACAAGAAGAAAAGGACAAAAUUGUCCCCAAGGAAAAAGCUGAGAAGGAUGAAGCCCCAGAAGAUAAGCCUGCAAAGGAGGUUGAAGACACGUGUGAAAAUCCAAAAAUGCCCCUGUUAGAGGACGAAGCUAAGUCUGUAAACGAAAUCAACAAGGAAGUAGUUGCUGAUGUCAAUGAAAAAGAUCAAGAUAAGGUGGAGAAUGAUGGUGGCAGUGUUAUUGCCGUAGGGGCAAAGGAAGAAAUCCCAGAUGCACAUGAUCAAGAUAAGGCGGAGAAUGAUGGUGGCACCGCCACUGCCACUGCCACUGCCACUGUCACUGUCACCGUCACCACAGAGGGGCAAAAGGGUAAUGUUGGGGAUAAAGAGCCAGAAACGAACAAGCAGGUGGAAGCAACAGUGGAGAAUGGUUGUCAUGUGGAGUCGGAACCAUGGUAAAAAGAUAAGGUAACACGAAACAUCCCUUGAUAUAGGAAGGCAUUGUGAAGUUGGUUGCAGGUUGACAUGUAGAAUGGUCUGUGUGUGUGGGUAUGACUGUUGUGGUUAAAUGUUUAAUUUUACAGUUGAUACAAGGAGAUAUUGUGUAUGUAUGUAUGUAUGUAUAAUCUCGUUGGCAUAGCGUUAGGGGUUGUCUGUCACUUGUCGUCGUGUUGUUACAUGUAGCGUCAUAGGAUCAUAACCUUUUCUUUGAUGUUGAUGUUGUUGCUGCAUUUAGGGGAAAUGUAGGUUGCAGAUAUCAUACUUGUAACAUUAUCAUGUAAUAAGUGAUCCUUUACAUUCCCAUC